AUGUCGAAUAAGGUCCGGCCUCUUGAGAAACUUGCUCAGGCUGCAUCUCAAUGCUCUGUUGAGGCUGUCGCGUACGGGAAAUGCGUCGUUGCCGAUUAUAACGCUGUCCAGAAGGACAUGUGUGCCAAAGAGUUUAUGCGAUUAAAGAACUGCUUCUUGGUAAGAUUGCGCUUCGUCAAUGGUGAGAACUUUUUAGGUACUGACCACCAAAUCAGGCGGCUUCGAAAAAGAAAUGAUUAA